AUGAGGAGUACAAUGAAUGAAAUCUUAAAAUUUUUCAAUUUCUUUAAAGUUGCCAUCCCUAUCUUACUUUUAACAUGGAAAAUCCAAGACUAUGAUGAUUUAGAUAUAUUUGUUAAAUCAUUAAAUACAAAUUUAAAUACAAAGAUGGAAUUUGUUAUAAUAAAUCAACGCUUAUUAGCAAAUAGCAAAAGAGCGAAUUCAAAAUUUACAUAUUCUUGCGACAGUUUAUUCCUUAAUUGUGAAAGUGCUAAUGAAGAAUUAUCAGAGUGUGAUGACAUAUCGUCAACAUAUAAUAUAAAUAAUUGUGAUUAUCAGUCAUCACAAUAUGAUUUAGAAAACUAUGAUUACAAGUCGUCGUUAUGUGAUGUAGAAAAUUGUGAUUAUGUGUCAUCACAAUAUGAUUUAGUAGAUUAUGAUUACAUAAUAAAUGAUACGAAAUCAAAUAUCAAUACAAAACAUGAAACAUUAUUCAAGAAUUAUGAGUCAUAUCCAGAACUAGAAGAAGAUAUGAGGAUUAAGAAAAAAGGGAAUUUCUCUAGUGAGACUAAAAGGGAUAAUAGCUAUUGUAAAGAUAAAAUAUUUGAUUCAUUAUAUUAUUUAGACAAAUAUGAGGAACCUUAUGGAGUGAACAGAAAAAUUAUGAGAAAAUCUUUAAAUAAAAUUUCUACAAAAAAAUUGAAACAAAAUGGUUUAGCAGCAUUAUUUCCAGUAGUUACAGUAUUAAUACCUGCAUUUCUUCCCCUACUCCCUUACAUUUUUGUUGGUUAUGCUUUUUUCGUGGUACGAUAUAUUUAUAAAAAUAAAAAUAAUCAUUGCUUAAUUUUCAAAAUAAAGCAAAGAACAUGCAUAAUAUGCACUAUUUUGAUACAUAUCAAUUAUGAAUGUAUAUUAUUAGGUUUACGAUAUUUUGAAUAUUUUUUUAUUACAUAA